AUGCCAAAAGAAUCAAAUCAAUCUAAAUCAGAUUCUAGAGCGUUACGGCGCCUGGAUCCGUACAAUAAAAGUCCUCGAGAGAGGGAAGAAGAUCCGGGACGAAGUUCGCGCCAUUCGAGUGGCGAAAAAGCAAGGUCGCGUCCUUCACAAUCCGCCAGUCGUUCAGAGACUCGUAGUCGCUCACGUUCGCCAUCUGAACCGCCACAAUGGGCGAGAGAGUUGUUAAAGAACCAGGAGGAAUACAGAAAAGAAAUAAAACGUCUACAAAGCGAAAUCGAGCGUGGUCGAACGUCUAUGUCGACACGGGAUGAGCGAGUACUCGAACCUGUCUUCAAAUAUGUGGGGAACAAAAAACAAUACGAGCUAAAUAACAGCGUCGCUGACAAGAUUCAAGUAGCCCUAACGACUACCGACAAACAGCAACUAACGGCUGCGUUGAACGAAGGUAAGAGCUUGCUAAAUGAAUUAAUGAAAGAAACAAACAUAUUUUGUUAGCAGAGAAAUUUGGUUGGGACACGCGAGGGGACACGGUCGAAUGCUACACUGCUGAGCCUCUUGCCGCCGAUGAAAAACGGAUUAAAAAGGCUGUGAAGGAGAGUCAGCGUAUUAGAGACAAAAAGAAAAGAAAUUAGGACAUUCUACGAAAUCUAAGAGGCACUUUAUGUGGUCUAGCGGGUCCCAAACGGAACGUAAGGGCGUUGUUGACAGAGCAUCGUUUCCCGCGCAACGGGGAGUUUUGGCGGGAAAGUCGGAGGUAUUGCGUAUUAAACAAUACAAGCGGUGUUUGUUUUCGUUGCCUCAGACCCGGCCAUUUCGCUAGGGAUUGUCGAUCCGCAAACACAAGAACAGUCACUUUUAAUGGAGCACAACCUAGUGGACCCUCUUUGCAACCAAAUACCCAGUGAUUGGGAGAGGGAUAACUUUGUAAAUAGUAGGAAUGAUUCAUGUACUAAUAUUGAUGGUUCAAAUUAUUGUUCGUUUGUUGAUAUUGAAAACUUGGAGCUUUGCUCAGGUACAAUAGUGAAGGGACGACUGCGAGAAAACAUUUCUUUUUGGGAGAGCAUUGGGACUAACCGAUGGGUACUGGAGAUAAUUCGGGAAGGAUACUGUUUACCGUUUAUUGAUAUGCCAGAGCAAGUAGUGUUAUCUAAUCACAGGAGUGCUUUCAAAUCAUCCAAAUUUGUGACACAAGAAAUAGCCAAACUUCGGUUAUCUGGGGUGCUAGUGGAGGUAAAAGCACACAAGUUGACUGUCUGUAAUCCCUUGGGCGUAGUGUUUAAUAAUGCACAGAAGCCCAGAUUGAUUCUGGACUUGCGUUAUGUCAACAAGCAUUUGCGAUCUUGUAAGUUCCAAUACGAGGACAUUCGGACAGCUGCAAACUUGUUCAAAAAAGGGGAUUGGUUUUUCAAGUUUGAUUAUGCCAGUGGAUAUCAUCACAUCGAGAUUUUCCCUGAGCAUACCCAAUUUCUUGGUUGCUCAUGGGAGGUUAAUGGUGUCCAAAAAUUUUUUAAAUUUACAGUCCUCCCAUUUGGUUUGUCCACUGGCCCGUAUGUAUUUUCUAAGGUGCAGAGGGCUUUAGUUAAACACUGGAGAGGGAAAGGGUUCAGAGUUUUUACAUACCUUGAUGACGGUGCUGGAGCAGAGACUAGCUUGGAGGAGGCUCUAAAAACAGCAACCCUAGUGAGACAGGACAUUGCAGACAGUGGGUUUGUAGCUCAUAAGGAUAAAUGUCAAUGGGAACCGGUCAACCGGUCCAAUCAGGGGA